AUGUCAUCUGACAAAAUUUUUUCGCAGUUGUCAGAUUCAUUAAAAAAUGACGAUGAUGGACUAAACUCAAGGUUGGCAAUUGAACUUUGGACCUGGUCCUUUGAUAUUAAAUAUGGUUAG